UCCCGCCCCUUCCGCUCGGGCCGGGGGCGGGGCUGCCUGGUCUUCGCUGGCGGCCCUUCCGCCCGUGUGAUGGGGCAACCAGCCGCCCGGGAGCGGACUCCCCUCCAACGCCGGGUAGCGCGCUCGGUCCCGCGGGGAGAGAGUAAAACAAUGGCAAGCAACAACCAGCUUUGCAUCCGACGUUGGACGACUAAGAAUGUAGCCAAAUGGCUAAAGGAAGAAGGCUUCUGCGAGUAUGUGGACGUUUUGUGCAAUAGACACAGACUGGAUGGUAUUACAUUAUUGACACUGACUGAAUAUGAUUUGCGAUCCCCUCCUUUGGAAAUUAGAGUCCUGGGGGAUAUCAAAAGACUAAUGUUGUCGAUACGCAAAUUGCAGAAACAGCAUAUUGAGGUUUUAGAAGAAUUGGGUUACAACAGCGAUAAUCCCAUUGGCACAAUGUCUCCUUCUGUUGGCUCCCUUCAAGGUACGGAUUGGUUUUGUAAUGGUGAAAUACCACGGGACUGUGGACCAGUUACUGACCUGAAUGCUGAUCAGUAUCAAUACACAAAUGGGAAAAACAAACAUCCUAUGCGAAGACUGGACCCUGAAUACUGGAAAACAGUCUUAAGUUGUAUAUAUGUUUUCAUAGUGUUUGGCUUUACGUCUUUUGUCAUGGUUAUAGUACAUGAGCGCGUACCUGACAUGCAGACAUAUCCACCGCUACCAGACAUAUUUCUAGACAGUGUUCCUAGGAUACCUUGGGCCUUUGCCAUGACUGAAGUAUGUGGUGUGAUUCUCUGCUAUAUUUGGCUCCUGGUUCUCCUCCUUCACAGACACAGGUCUAUACUCUUACGCAGACUGUGUAGCUUAAUGGGGACAGUGUUCUUGUUGCGUUGCUUUACAAUGUUUGUUACAUCACUCUCUGUGCCAGGCCAGCAUCUGCAGUGUUCCGGAAAGUUGUAUGGCAACGUGUGGGCAAAACUUCAGCGAGCAUUUGCCAUAUGGAGUGGUUUUGGAAUGACGCUCACUGGAGUACAUACAUGUGGAGACUACAUGUUCAGUGGCCAUACUGUUGUCCUGACUAUGCUGAACUUCUUUGUCACUGAAUAUACACCAAGAAGCUGGAACUUCUUGCAUACUUUAUCUUGGGUCCUGAAUCUCUUUGGAAUCUUCUUCAUUUUGGCUGCACAUGAACAUUACUCUAUAGAUGUCUUCAUUGCCUUCUACAUCACCACAAGACUCUUUUUGUACUACCACACAUUGGCUAAUACCAGAGCAUAUCAGCAGAGUAGGAGAGCGAGAAUCUGGUUUCCAAUGUUUUCUUUUUUCGAAUGCAAUGUUAAUGGUACAGUUCCGAAUGAGUAUUGCUGGCCCUUUUCAAAACCCACAAUAAUGAGAAGGUUAAUUGGAUGAAGAGUACCUAGUUUAAUCUAAGUUAGUCUGAAGUAUCCGUAACAAAUCUUUACAGAACUAGCUGGAAAAAUAAGAAAAUAACUAACUGUUUCCAUCCCUGUGGUCUCCUCAUGCCCUGCUUCUUAGAGUCUCCGUCACAAAGUUGGGAUUUCCAUACUUCACAAGGUAGUAGAAGAAAGUAACGCUAGGAGGCUAGCUAAAGGCUGCCCAUAGAUCAUUAUGAAUCUGAAAUAGAGAAGUCAUUAUUUCCAUUGGCAUGAUUCUACAAAAAUGCUUUAGGGUAGAGAAUAACUUACACUUUUUUAAUGUGUGCUUUACCUGACUUGCUGUUUUGAGGUCCAGAUGAUCUCUGGCUCUUGAAUGUUUGCCUGUACAAAUAAUACUAAGUACUAAUUUGUUAGCCACUGACUUUCUUUUAAAAAUAAUAUUAAAUAUAACUUUUUCCGUUGAGGCGUGUACACUUACAAAAUGAGAUUCUGAAGAGUAGCUUGUCAGAAUAAGGAAGGCAUUUUUGCUCUUUGCUAAACGGUUUCCCAGAAAACUUAAAUAAGAAUUCUGAAAAAGGUAUAAUAGAAAUGUGUUCUGUAUAUAUACAGAAUGCCAAAAAUGAAACCGCCUGCUUUUUUGAUUUGGGGGUUGUCAGGUAUUAAGAUGGUGUUUUGAACAGGACUUAUUUGGUCAGAGUAAACAGUUUAUGCCAUUGUCCAACUACUUGGACGGUUCCUUGUUGCAUUUCAACAAAUGGGUUAGAAAUAAAAGCUACAUCUGUUGAAAAUGAGGUUGAGGUAGCUUUAGUGUUUUAGAGUCACAUAGUUACUCUCUCUUCUGUAGGGUUUAUCAAACACUUUGCCUAAACCUGUGCAUGCUUUUUAUGAGCAACUCUUUAACCACUAGAAGAAUAGAACCGUUAAAUUUAUGUAGUGCCUCAUAAAUAGAUGGGGAAAUGCAUGUAGUGACUUUUUUUUUUCCUUCAGGAAAAGUUUUAAAGCAAGUUUCAGAAAUAGUGCUAUGCUGAUCAUCUUUUUUUUUAAUUACAUUUUUUUGUCCCAAUCCAUCUGGAAUCAGCAAACAUUGAACAUAUUUGAAUGCCUAAGAGUUUUUUUGACAAACUCUAUAUACAGUAAAUGCUUUUAUACUUAGUCUUAGCAAUUAUGAAAAUAGACUGGUUGUUAGAAAUAAGCUGCUUGUUUAUGACCCUAGGAGUUAGUGUCUUAAGCGGUUUAACUUCUGUGAUAAGGAUCACUUUUUUGAGAGAUCCUGAUUUUGCUUGGAAAGACCUAAUGAUUAGAACUGGAGCCUGAAGUAGUGUGUGCAAGCAAGGCACAAACCUGUUAGUGAUCUUACAAACCGUUAUCCAUAUAUUUUUGUGUGCAAGAAGGUAGCUUUAACUGUAGUUACUCAGAUUUAGUGGGGAAUGGUAGUUAACUUGAGAGUUGUGAAUUGCAACAAAUAUAUAAAUGUUAGUGAUUCAUGCUAAUUCACUAUCACAUAAUUUCAGAAUGGCUAGCGUGUGAGAAGAGGUAGUGCAAUGUCAGCCUCGAAAAAUUUCCAUGACAUUUUGCCAUCCUGAUACAAACAGUUCAGUCCCACUUUACAGUGACUAUAGGAAAACUGCAAUACAUAGUGUACUUGCCUGUCAACAACAGCAAAUUUACCCAGUCAAGUAGAAUUUUGCAAGACUGAGUUAGGUAUUUGAAGCUCCACGAUCUAGUAUGGUCUCCCAUCUCUACAUUUAUGGGCCUUAACAAAGCUACUUUAAACUUGGAAUUACAAGCAGUAAUUAAUGAGAGAAUAUAUUACCCACUCUUCAUAAUGUUUCUUUUAAAAGUUUGCAAGUUUAUUUAGUUCCUGUUCCUGGGAGGAAUUCCAUAUCCCAGAGUAUCUGUACAAAUGCAGGCGCACACCUAGUGUAACUUACAUUGCUCUGCAGACUUUGAUAUCUGUAACAUUCCUGUUCUUUAACAAACCUGCUGCUAAUGGUAAAUCAUCCAAACCUGCUGAGUGCUCCCAGCACCUAAAGUAAGGAAAUGCACUGACACUUUGCAAAACAGAAUCUUUAGUCUCCAAGGACUUAUGUUUUUAUGAUAAACGAUCCUUGUUUGCUGCCCUUGCCUUGCUGAUAGGAAGAGGCAAUCUGAACAUUCCUCUCCGGCACUCUGGAAUAAAACAUCCCCACUUAUGGACACACACUUGCUUCUGCAGCAGCCAAUAAUUCAUUGGGCCAUUGUUUAACAGUGUUAUUUCUUUAACACUUUAAUGUGUGUCCAAAAUGUGUAGAGAUGUAUAUUCUUUGAGGUUUUUGGAGCCUGAAGUAGUGAUACUUCAGGGGGAAAAAGGAAUUAAAAAUGCAACUACAUUUGCAAAGCCGUUGACUCUGAAAGUAACUCCAGACUGCAGACUUCUGUGUCUGAAUUGUAGAAUUCUUCUUCAGUCUUUUAUUUACUCAUGUCUAGUAAAGAAAAAAGUUCUAUAACUUAUCACAAAAGUGUUUACAUAAACUAAAAUGACAUCUCAAGAUUUUUAUGUGUAAUACUUCAAGUUCAAAUCUUUGUUUUUGAAGCCUAAACAUUCUUGGGUUUUCAUUUUGCCUCCAGCUUUAUUUAUUUCUCAAGUGCUGUUUACAUCUAAAGUAUUGACAAGUCAGUAUUGCUGUUUGUUUUUUUUAAUUUGUUUUGAAAAUAGGAUAUUUGCUAUCUACACCAUUGCUUUAUGUAUUCACACACUGAUCCUCUUGCUGCUAAGAAUCUGUUUCCAAUAUUUGUAACAUGCAGGAUUCAUUUCCUGAGAACUGGGCAGGGUGUUAAGACCGUCAGUCCUUCUGUUUCUUGGAGGUUAGGCCUAUCUGCCAAUAGACACAAAGGCAGUAGCUCAUAACGAUUUUCUGACUAUAAAGAGAACAAAACAUUUCAGGUGCUUUUAUUCAGCAUUUCAAAACAAGAGUUGGCCCUUAAAGUAAAACUGGCAACUUGAUUGAAAUGAAUUGGUCGGGGGGGGGAGUCUAAAGUCAAGUGAGGUACAGAAUUUUUUAAAUGUUUUAUACAGGUUUUUCUGCUCCUCUGCUGUUAACAAGUCUUGGUGUUUGUUCUUGCAGCAGAAAGGGUGGGCCUGAAUAAUGCUAAACAUGAUCAAGCUUGCUGUGCCUCCCCUUUUUAUGACCACACACACCUGCCUGCUGCCUCUUCUAUUUCAUCUUAUCUGCAGCUCUUUCUGGCAGAUGUCCUGUUGCAGAGACUGGGGUAGAACGGUACAUGAGUUCCCCCUCAAAACAGGACAUGUGUGAUGUCAUCAGGUUAGUGCUUUAUACAGGAAGUGCAAAUGAUGAACAAACCCAUGAAACGGACUUUCAAACACACAAAGUAAAUAAACUGCAUCAAAUAGAGAAACAUUUCUCUAAUCUUUCGGUUACAAGGAAUACCUGAGAUUAUUGGAACAAUAGGGUCAGAUUUACAAAUGGAAGUCAUUUUUCCCCCAAAACUGAUUGUCCCUUUUUAACUUGGCUGAAAUAGUUGAGGUAUUGAGGGACUCUGUGGCUUAAUACUUGAGACAAAAGUGUAAAUUCAGGCUUAGAUUUUUGGCGUAUAUAGUGAAGGUGACACGCAAAGGGGAAAGUGCCCUUUCUCGGUCUCGUGACAUAAGAAGGCUGAAAGCUAUGUGCAAUUUUUGUGUGUUCAAAAUAUCAGGUCUUGAUUCUUUUUGCUGGAGGAGUCCUUGGAGGACUGGAAAAUUACUGGAAUUGUGACACUACCAGAGAAUGAACCCGAAUAAAAGAAAACAAGUACUUUUUAAAACCGUUUAAUGCAAACUCCUGAUAAAGACUUUGGAGAGCAUCUUUUUUUCAAAGAUUCAACACCUCUGCUUUUCAGCUGAGGACUCAAAGCUUCCACUCCACUUCUCUAUUCCUUUUUCGGAGUCCUCCAGCAAAAACAGGACAACUCAAUAGUUCUGAUAUUUCUAAGAUAAUCAAAUCAGCAGAAACAUUUUAAUAAGCCCCCAAGUCCUCAGACUUUCAGGACUGACUUAGAGACAGAUCUUGCAAGAUGUUAAGCACACAGCUUGAUCUAGCAAAGCACAUGCUUCACUUUUUAAGCACAUGAGUAGACCCAUUAGCUUCAGUGAGAUUACUCAUGCUUCAAGUGCUUCCCUGGGUCUGGACCGGUGUGCUCAGCACCAUCUAGAACCGAUCCCUUAUAUUAUAAAUAAGUGGGCACAUGAUUUUGUUUUCUAUUUUAGGUCCCAUUAAAUCUCCAUGCACCAUAUGGAAAAGAUAUUGUACUGGAACAUGUAAGAUAAAUGAAUGUUAGAAGUAAAGUCACUUCUGUAGAGAUGACAUCAAAUCUAGGAACAUUGCUAUUAGUGGUUUGAUGUUAUAAGAAGCAGGGCUCAGUGAAAAUGAGCUGGCAAGCCCAACUGCCAGUGCUAAUAUGGUAAACAAAACCUUUUUACAAGUUUCUAACCCCAAAAGCCCCAAAACUUGGCUAUUUUAUAAAUGUGUAGAUCAAGAAUUGCUACACUGAACAGUUUUCCCAUUUGGCUAACUGUAUUUUUUUUCAUAUGGUGCAAAAAAGAACAACACAUGGGGGAAUGGUAUUAGUGGAAUUUACUGUGAUGUUGAACAAAAAUCAAUAUUUAAAACAGCAUUCCUAAAGUCUGCAUAACUUUUUAUUAGAACAGCAGUAUUAAGUACUUAUACACUACAGUGCUACACUGUUUCAUUACUCGUUGCACAGUUUCUUAUUAAUACAAUAAAAUCAAGUUACUUGGAAUUGUCUGAGUUUUAUGGAAGUCCUUUUGUAGACUUCAAGUACCACAUAAUAAAAGUAAUGAAUAAUUUAGUCAUUUGUCCUUCCUGUAUUGUUUUUUCUAUUUGAGAAGAUUAAAAGAUAUUUUUAUCAAGAAGGAUUUUGCCAUAAUUUAUGUUGCUUUAUUAAAAACAAUUUAGGAUUCUUUAAAAGAAAGUUCACCCAUGGUAAUUAUAAAGCCAGCAUGGCUUUGUAGGGUUUGCAGUCUGUAAUUAGUAGAUAGCCCAACAAUGAACUAACGUGAACUGUGAAUUACCUCGCCUGCCUAGAGGCCUUCUUGUGUCAAGGAUUAAUUGGUAGACCACUAAUAAUCCAUAUAUAUGUAUUUUUCUGAUGUUCCUUUGAGAGAUGGAGAGAUUUUUGAAAGAUUGUCUGAUUUUUAUGAUUUGAUUGAAACAGUAUUAUGUUGUGGGCAAAGUUGACGUGGAAUUAACCUACAAAAUAGUUCUCCUUCAUUGUAAACGUCUGAACACUAAAAGGCACAGUACUAUAUUAAACCUGUUUUCAGUCAUCCGUUUUGUAGUUUUUGGUAAUGCUCAUAGCUUGAGCCACAAGUGCGUUACAGUGAACGGAAUGUACAUAGUUUUACGCGAUAAACAUUUUCAGAACAGAAUUGUGGUAGUUGUGUAAGAAUUUAAAGUAACUUAAAAAGUGGAGCGUAUUGAAUUCCUGUAUUAACCCCAUGAUUUAAGUAGUGACUUUACUUUGAACUUAAUGUAAUGUCCUCUUUCAUUCAAUUAUAAGUGACUUAUACAGAGGAAUUACAAACUACACUAAUGUAUAGUGCUUAGCAUAACAAGGUGUAUAAAAACUAGUACUUAAAGGUUUUUGGGGAAGAUGUUUCUUUGCACUAAACACAGAUCUUUUAGUUAAGUACACAUGUGUACGUACACACACACACACACACACACACACACACACACUAGUGUUACUUGAAAGUUCCCGUGGCAGUGAAGUUUGAAGCACAGUAAUGUAAAUAUUGUUUUGACUCUAAAAUUAAACCCAGAUUUAAUUAAUAUAUUAUUUUUAUCUUGUAUUAAAACAAAUAUUUAAAAGCAUUAAAAAUAAAAUCUUUGGAAGAUGGCUGAA